CUUUAUCCUCAUCUCCCAGAGAGAGUGCUGGCCUGUGUCUUUUAGCAAAGGCACUUUUCAUCUUCGCCUAAUUCACCUUCUCCAUCAAACACUUCUAUACCAUUUUCACAUUACCAUUCUCACACAAGCGAAAGGAACUCAAGUCACCAUGGCCGAGACUACAGAUAACAACGUCUCCGUGCUCACGGCAACCCGAACCAUCGACGACGUGGCCGUGCAGAGCCUCAUCCGCCCCAAUCAGCGGCGCGACGAUGCCAUCCGCAACACCAGCGCGGCGGGGAUGCCCGCGAUCAACAUCUCGCCUCUGCAGGGCCAGUACCUCGCGAUCCAGGCGCAGCUGAUCGGGGCCAAAACAGUGCUCGAGAUCGGGACGCUCGGGGGCUACAGCACGCUGUGGCUGGCCGAGCAAGCUGGAUGCAAGGUGACCAGCAUCGAACUCGACCCGAAGCACAGGGACGUGGCCCUCGAGAACGUCAAGGGCAUCCCGCGGGGCGAGGUGGAAGUGAUUCUGGGGUCGGCGCUGGACGUCAUGCCGAGGCUGCUCGAAGAGGGGCGGGUGUUUGAUAUGAUCUUUAUCGAUGCGGACUGGGAAGAGCAGUGGGAGUACUUUGACCUGGCUGUCAAGCUGACGCGGAAGAAGGGGUGUAUCUACGUGGACAAUGUGGUCAGGGAGAUGCGGGAGAAGAUUGAUGAAGGCAAGGAUCUGGAGAAGGUUGCGAUGGCUGUCAAGGUGGGCAAGGACGAGAGGGUGACGGCGACGCUGAUCCAGACCGCCUCGAGUCACAAGGACUAUUCUGACUUCAUUGUGGACGGGUUCAUGCUGGCCAUCGUGAACUAGUCAGUUGUCAAGAGGGUUGUUCAACUGUUAAGUGCUGACUUCAUUAUUAUGAUAUUAUACGGCAAUAAGAAGCCGAGUAUAAUACGUAAAGCAAUUAAGAAUGUAGUGCAAAUAUCCAACCCUAAAAAAACG